UAUUAUCUUACAAUUAAUGUAACAGAGGAAGGCGAAAGAUGCAGUCCAAGGACUCCGCCGGCGCCGGCGGCCGGAAGUUCGAUCUUCCGGAGGAGUUGCUGGAGGUACUCCCUUCCGAUCCAUUCGAGCAGCUCGAUGUGGCGCGUAAGAUAACCUCCAUCGCUCUCUCCACACGAGUCAGCGCACUCGAGUCGGAGGCGGCCGCUCUCCAGCAGCAUCUCGAUGAACGAGACGCCAUAAUUUCCGACCUCGAGUCGCAGCUCGAGUCGCUCGACGCCUCUCUCGCCGAUACGGCUGAUAGACUCGCCGCCGUUCAGGAAGAGAAGGAAAGCUUGUUGAAGGAAAAUGCAGAGCUGAGCAAUACGGUGAAGAAGCUCAAUAGAGAUGUUGUGAAGUUGGAGGCGUUCAGGAAAAAACUUAUGCAAUCACUACAAGAUGAUGAAGACAAUCCUGCAAGUGCAUCGAUUACAUCAAGAAAAGCAAGCAUUGCAGAUGAUGAUACCGGAAAUUCCAACCCUGAAGAUGUCGAAACAGAUGUAGUUAGGCCACGGAUAUCACAAUCCUUAUUGAUCGGAUCCCAAACAAGCACACCUCGCCUUACACCUCCCGGUUCCCCACCACAUCUAUCUGCAUCUGGUUCUCCAUCAAGAACACCAAAACUGGGAUCUCCGAGGCGCCAAUCACUUUCAUUUUCGACAGCAAGAAGUGUUUUCGAUGAAAAGUCUAAUAUAUAUUCUUCUGUGCCAUCAACUGCUGGUUCGGCAUCAAGUUUGGAUUCUGGAUCCCAACCGGGAAAGACUCGUGUGGAUGGAAAAGAAUUCUUCCGACAAGUCAGGAACCGGCUAUCCCUCGAGCAAUUUGGAGCAUUUCUAGCGAAUGUGAAGGAACUAAAUGCUAAUAAACAAACAAAAGAGGAAACCCUCCAAAAAGCCGAUGAAAUAUUUGGCGUGGAAAACAAGGAUCUUUAUUCGAUCUUUGAGGGGUUGAUUGCUCGUAAUAUCCAUUGAGCAAGAGACGUAGAUGCUCGUGUGUGUGCAUAUAUAUAUGUGUAUAUGUAUGUAUAUGUUUGCAUUGCAUUUGUAGAUGUGUGUUGGAUAAGUGUGUUUGGAUGAUGGGGUUUCGAUGUCUCCUAAAGUAUGUACGUCUCAAUAAUUUGGUGUCCGAUAUUUUAUAUUCGUUCAUAUUUGGUUUGGAAGGCGAGAGUGAUCCCGAACAUGGUGGAAUUUUAAAGCUUAAAAGAAAAUAUAGUUAGCAUAUAUGUUAGAAGGCUAUUCAAACAUUUAUUUGUGAUUGUCAAUCAAUUUGUAACAUGUUAUGACAUUUUAUUGUUGCCAGUAUUAAUAAAUGUAUUCAUAUUUGAAUCUAA